CCUUGUUAACAGUCUAGAUCAGCCGAGGGAGGACCGGUGCGAACUCGCCUUGGCAUGAACAGUCCCGACGCAGCGAGUGCACUUGAAUCCUGCUCUUGACGUUAAACAGACUUGACACAACAGCAGCAGCAGCAGCGGCGGGAGGAAACAUGUCUCGAAUUGUCGCUCGUCUCUUCGCUGUUGCUUCUCAACACACGACGGCCAGAUCCGCGGUGUUACCGAGAAGGAUCCCAGUAUUCAUCCGCCCCGUAUCCACAUCUCAAGGCCUGCAGUCUCUCACCCGUUACGAUGAAUCUACAGACUGGCAAAAGAAGCUCACCCCAGAGCAGUAUGUAGUCACCAGAGAGAGGGGGACUGAGGAGCCUUUUAGUGGGAUCUACCUCAACCAUUAUGAAGUGGGGAUGUACCACUGUGUCUGCUGUGAUGCUCCACUCUUCAGUUCAGAGGCUAAGUAUGACUCUGGGACAGGCUGGCCUGCAUUCAAAGAGGCUCAUGGGACAUGGGAGCGGGAUGAAAGCCAUGCCUCCAUCAUUCGUCGCCCUGACAACAGCCUGGGUAGUGCUGGGACAGAGGUCCUUUGUAAAAAUUGUGAUGCCCACCUGGGACAUGUGUUUGAGGAUGGACCCGACCCAACAGGUCAGCGGUUCUGCAUCAACAGUGUGGCCCUCACGUUUAAACACAGAGGAAACAACAUUCCAAGAAAAGCCUGAGGAAAACUGACUUGCCACUGAAAACACUGUGCAUGUUACUGUAGGCAGGUCCUCUUUAGGAGGCAAAAUGAAGGUCCAGAAUUAGAGCAUUCAUUUCAUGGUUUUGAUCAAUACAGGUGAGGAGGUGAGAGGCUUUUUGUGGCACAAAGUAUUAAAUGUUUGAAUUCUGGUGUAAAUGGACAUCCUGGUGUGUUUUAAACUGAAAGAAACUCUUGUUCUGAAAAAACUUUGGUUAUAUGCACUGGAGUGAGGGCUGAUCACAUACUGCAUUACAUGACACAAACCAGUUCUCAAACUGUCACUUCAGUCACUUAAUGAGAAAUAUACUUCCCACCCUAAUCACUGUAUUGUUUUAAAAAAAAAUGUUUUCUAAUUUGUGUUGAACAGAAAAUUUAGUCAUAAUGUGCGUCAACUGGAUGAUGUGUAAAUGAGCAACUUUAGUGUGGGACACAGUGGCCAACACAUUGAUGUCAGGAAAAAAAAACAAGUUUUUAACAUCAUUAUUAUGUUUGACUUGUCUUCAUGUCUGAAAAAUGUCAAAAUACACUGGCCCAUUGAGAAGACCUCUUCUUCUGUACGGAUUUUAAAACACAUGAGCUUCUUAUGACAUUAAUGCCUCGUUUUUUUCACUCUGGUGCCACCUGUACGAAUCCAAAUAGCUUGUCUGUUUUAGUAAUUGUGCAGAUUUGACUGAUAAUUUGUCAAUAAAUGCACGUUUUGUUUGUUCUAUGA